UUUUUUGCCUCAGUUGUUGUGUUCCUUGUGUACAAAUGUCAAUGUCUCCGUAGACGUUGGUUACCACAUCAGCAUCAAGACAGGAGAUGUCCCUGGUGCCAGUUCAGAUUCAAGGGUUUUCAUCAAGCUGUACGGUGAAAAGGCGGACACCAAAAAGGAGUUCCUCUUGGUUUCGGACAACGACUUAGGAGAUAACUUUGAACGCGGCCGGAUAGACAUCUUUUCUCUUGAUACCAUGGACAUUGGCAAGAUCAAACGGCUCUUGAUCGGACAUGAUAAUAUCGGGUUCAAUUGUGGCUGGCACCUUGGCUCUGUUCAGAUUAUCAUCCCUGUCCAUGGCAAAGUGUACAACUUCCCAUGCAACCGGUGGCUUGACAAAAACGAAUAUGAUGGAAGAGUUGAGAUCGAGGUCUACCCGAGCGAGAUCAUUCCUAUCGAGAGAUUGAUAAAUUAUGAGGUGUGUGUAGCGACGGGAGAUAUACGGAAUGCGGGCACCAAUGCCAACGUCUUCAUGCAGAUUUAUGGGGAGCUGGGCAAGACGGAGCUUCUGAUUCUCAAGAACAGAUCAAACAACUAUGAGAGGGGGGCAUCAGAGACCUUCAGGGUUGAAGCUGCAGAUGUUGGCAAGGUGUACAAGAUCCGAAUUGGCCAUGAUGGGUCAGGCUUUGGGGACGGCUGGUUCCUGGACAGUGUUGUAGUCAAGAAGUUGCCUACGAAGCCGCCAAAGAAGAAGAAGAAAAAGAAAAAGAAGAAAACCCCAGCGGAGGAGGAAGAGGAGGAGGGGCCAGGCAUCAUGGAGGUGUAUAAUUUCACACCCUGCCGUUGGCUGGCAGGCGAUGAAGAAGACAAGGAACUGGUUGUGGAACUGGUACCAGAUGAAGGAUCUGACCUUGAAGUUGUUCACUAUGUAGUCCAUGUCUUAACCGGAUAUGUUUGGGGAGCCGGGACUGAUGCCAACGUUUAUUUGAGUAUCUAUGGUGAAAGAGGAGACACCGGGGAGCGCCAUUUGAAGCGCUCAAACCACUUGAACAAGUUUGAGAAGAAUCAGGUGGAUACAUUCAGUGUCCCAGCCAUUGAACUCGGAGAGCUCAAGAAGGUACGGAUUCGCCAGGACAACACUGGAAGCAACCCAGCUUGGUUCCUAGAGAGGAUUGUGAUUAUUGACACUAAGGAGGAAGUCACUUAUUAUUUCCCAUGCCAGAGGUGGUUGGCAAUGGAAGAAGAGGAUGGUCAAAUCGCGAGGGAGCUGGUCCCAGUGGAUGAAGCAUUUGUGAUGAAGGCUUCAUCUGAUGAUGACUCUCUUGAGACACUUGGCCUCGAACAGAAAGCUCAGUCAACGACAUUCACCGUGACAGUGAAAACUGGAGACAAGAAAUAUGGUGGGACAGACUCCAACGUCUUCAUCGUUCUGUAUGGAAUGAAAGAUGACACAGGGACAAUCUACUUGAAGGCCUCGAAGACUAACAAGAAUAAAUUUGAGCGAGGAAAGAUUGAUGUGUUCACAGUGGAGUGUGUGGAUCUUGGAGACCUGAAGAAAAUAAAAAUGGGCCACGAUGAUACAGGUCGUGGUAAAGGAUGGUUUCUGGAAUGGGUGGAAGUUGAUGCCCCUUGCCUGGGCUUGUGCCUUGUAUUUCCUUGCGGCCGUUGGCUGGAUAAGUCCAAAGAUGAUGGUGCUAUUGAAAGGGUCCUGUUACCAGCAGAACUGCAGACCAGAAGAUAUGUUCCAUUUGUUCCCUAUGAAGUCACUAUUUACACAAGUGACCUUUUUGCAGCUGGCACUGAUGCAGACGUCUACAUUGUCCUGUAUGGAGCUGAUGGAGUUUGCACUCAGCAGAAAUCCUUGUGCCAAAACAUGAGAGAGCGGAGAAUGUUCUUUGAGAGGAAUUCUGUGAAUCAGUUCAUUGUUGAGUUGGAAGAUGUUGGAGACAUACUUGAAAAGGUCCGCAUUGGGCACGAUGGCUCAGGCAUUAAUCCUGGUUGGCAUCUCAAAAAAGUGGAGAUACGCAGACUUCUACGCAAUGGAAAGGGUUCCGAGAAGACCACGUUUCCAUGUGAGAGGUGGCUGGCAGGCUCAGAAGAUGACGGUGAGAUCAUGCGAGAGCUGGUUCCAUCCAAAGUCUUUACGGAAAAACUCAUGAAAGAUGGCACACUUAAGCAGAUCGAAGAAGAAAUUGAAGAUUCACUAGAAAUUCAAACAUACAGGAUUACCGUUUAUACUGGUGAUAUUUUUGGAGCUGGGACAGAUGCCAGUGUGUUCAUCAUCCUAUAUGGAGACCUGGGAGACACAGGGGAGAGGCAACUCAGCAGCUCUGAAACUUUUACCAACAAAUUUGAAAGAGGACAGGAUGAUAUAUUCACGAUCCAAGCCGUGGACCUUGGCAGUGUGUAUAAAAUCAAGAUCCGCCACGACAACUCCUUCCCGAGGCCGGAUUGGUACCUGGAGAAAGUAGAAGUCCUCAAUGAGGACACAGAUGAACUGUUCCUGUUUCAGUGCGAACGUUGGCUAUCGUUGAAGAAGGAGGACAACAAGAUUGAAAGGAUACUUUGGGAAAAAAAUGCCGACCGUGACCGCAAGAGCGUUGGUGCCUUGUCCCUGAAGAAGACUCCAGAGGAAUCCACUCCAGAUGGACCAAUGAUUCCUUACCACAUCAUCAUCACCACAGGGAGCGAAUUGGGUUCUGACACCGACAGUCGAGUUUACCUCAUCAUUAUGGGACCGCCGAAACUUCGCACAGACCGUCUAUGGCUCGAUCUUCCAGAAGGACAGGAUGAAUUUGCAGAUGCCUCGGUGGAGAAGUUCUCUGUAAUGGGGCGAGAUGUCGAAGAACUCAAAAUGAUCGAGAUUGGCCAUGACGGGGCCACACCAGAAAGCUCCUGGCUCUUGGAUGAAAUAACCAUCAUCGUCCCCACCAAAGGUCUCAUGUACACCUUUGUUUGUAAAUGCUGGCUGGCCAGGGACAUGGGAGAUGGCCUUACCUCACGUGUCUUCAACAUCCUGGAUGCUGACAGCGUCAACAUUGGGGUGAAGAUUCUGUAUGAAGUGACUGUCGUGACCGGAGAUAUCUCCCAUGCUGGAACAGAUGCUGGAAUUUUUAUAACACUCUCUGGAUCCAAUGGUUGCUCACAAGAAAUGCAGUUGGAAAAAAAUGGAGAUAGAUUUGAAAUUGGCCAAAAGGAUACUUUUAUAAUGGAGAUCCCAGACAUUGCGCCGCUUAGGAAGAUGAGGAUACGGACUGAUGGGGAAGGAUGCCGCCCAGAUUGGUUUCUGGAACAGAUCAUCAUGAAAAAUUUGACCACUCAGGAGGUGACCACCUUUAACUACAAUGAUUGGCUCUCGAAGCAAUGGGGCGACAAUCUGACCUUGGAGUGGGAAAUGCCAGCAAUAGUUAAUGAAGAACUGAUGAUGGACUACACAACUUACAAUGUCCAAGUUAAAACCAGUGACAUCGGAGGGGCUGGAACAGAUGCCAAUGUGUUCCUGAUUAUCUUUGGAGAGUAUGGAGACACUGGGACUCUUCCCCUGAAACAAUCAAACCGCUCGAACAAGUUUGAAAGGGAUCGGUUGGAUGUCUUCGAUUUUCCUGAUUUGCUCUGUCUUGGAGACCUCUGCAAAGUGCGCGUCUGGCACGACAACAAAGGAAUUGCACCAGGCUGGCACUUGGAAUACAUUGAUGUGGAAGACUAUGAAUUGGACAAGAUCUUCCGCUUCCAGUGUGACCGCUGGCUGGCAACAAGUGAAGAUGACAAGCAAACCAUUCGAGAACUGGCCUGUGCCAAUAAUGACAUCCUGGAACUGAAAGAGAAGACCUCUUACGAGAUCGUCACCAUCACCAGUGACAGAGAUGACGCAGAAACCAAGGAGAAUGUCAUAGUUAUUUUUGAAGGGAAGAGGGGACGUUCCAAAGAGUUUCUUCUGGAGAACUCUUCCAAGAAAAGGAGGUUCUUGAGGGGAGCGACCGAUGUAUUCGAGUUUUCUUCAAAGAAUGUUGGUGAUAUCGCAGCCAUCUGUCUUGGUCAUUGUCCAAAAGACGGGAAGAAAUCAAGCAUAAAAGCAGAUGUCUACUGGCAUGUUCAGGAGGUUAUUGUUUCAGAGAUGGAGCUCGACAACAAGUAUUUCUUCAGGUGCAACACAAAAAUUCCACUUCGUGCAAAGAGAGGUGACCACAAAGUCAUUGAGUGUACCAAGGUGAAUGAGAGCUUUGCCAGCAAAGCUCGGAGUCUGGUGCCAGUCAAAUAUGAGGUGAUCGUUGUGACGGGAUUUGAGAAGGGAUCAGGGACCGACGCCAAUGUCCUCAUCACUAUGUUCGGAUUGAACGGGGAUUCAGGCAAACGGGCUCUCAAGCAGAAAUUCCGCAACCUCUUCGAACGAGGCCAAACCGAUCGGUUUUACCUGGAAAUCCUUGAACUUGGAGAGCUGACGAAAGUCCGGAUUGAACACGACAAUACUGGAUUUUCUCCAGGAUGGCUGGUAGAACGGGUUGAAAUCACCAACUCAGCUACUGGGGUGACCACAAACUUUCCCUGUGGAAAAUGGCUCGAUGUGAACAGAGGAGAUGGGUUACUAUGGAGAGAGCUAUAUCCUAGGAAUUAACAGUCACACUAAGUUAUGGAUAGGCAAAUAUGUGUCUGAGGGCCACAUGGGGCCCUCAGGCUAUUUUGUGGUCCUCAACCCCCAUUAUGUGCCUUUGUGUCAUUUCUGACUUUUGGUGACCCUAUGGUGAACUUUUCAUGGAUUUUCUCAGCAACAUUUGUUCAGAGGGGGUUUGCCUUUGCCUUCCUCUGGGGCUAAGACAGCAUGACUUGCCUAAGAUAAUCCAGUGGGUUUCCAUGGCUGAACGGCGCUUCAAAUCCUAGUUUCCCAAUAUCCCAAUCCACCACUUAAACCACUACUGGUACUUUUUGACUCUUUACUAGCCAAAAAAGUGGAGUGAAUUUCCAUUAUCAGACAAGUUUCCCUUUAAAUAUAGCUGGGCUUCUCCGUAUUGCUUGAUGACAUAAUUUUUUAACAAAAACAUAAAAACAGGAGUGGUCUCUCAACCAUUAUUAAUUUUUGUUUUGUUUCUUGGUUUGUAUUUUGGGAUCCAACCACUGGGAUGGUUCUAGAGAUAACAUUUUGGGCCCCGGACUUUCCAUCCUGGAAUCAAAAACAUUCUAAAAUGCUUAAGCCAAAACAGGAA